AAGUUCAAUCCGAUUGUUAAUUCAAUACCAAACAGUUCAAACAUGCACUUGAAAGCUGUCCUUGCAACCAGUUUGGUCCUGCUGGUUUUGAGCUCAGUGUCAGGGGCCCCGAGAGCCAUCAACAAUGAAGAGGACCUGAAGAGGAGCGUGGUGGAGUUCCUGUCGCAGGACAAGGAGUUCCUGGGCGCCCUCGAGCACUCGGGUUUGAUAGAUAACAGUGUGGCGAGACAGAAGCGCCAAUCUGAGAUGGACAUCGACAUCAACGGCGAAGGAGACGUGGAGGAGGUGCCCCAGAAGGACGGGUUCUUCGAUAGAGCGGCCAAAUUCGUCGUGGAUUUGCUCCAGAGGUUCCUUAAAUGGAUCAAUUCCUCCGAGAACUAA